AUGAAGUCCUUCGCCAUCGCCCUCUUCAUCGCCGGCGUCCUCGCCGCCCCUCAACCCAGAAGCCCCCUCUGCAGCGGCCUCGAGUCCACCCCACAGUGCUGUUCGACCGACGUGCUCGGCGUCGCAGACCUGGACUGCCAGAAUCCUUCGAGCCCUGUGCCCGAUGCCCAGACUUUUCAGACCGUGUGUGCUGCUGGAGGACAGCGUGCUCGCUGCUGUGCCAUUCCUGUUGCCGGCCAAGAUUUGCUCUGUGAGACGCCUGUUGGGAUCUAGAAU